ACCAACCAUUCAAUCCUGAAAAGGCUGUGUAAACUUCCAAAGGGUUCUUUUCCUUAUCUCUCUCGCUCUCUCUCUCUCCUCAGUUCUUUUCCUACACUCUCUCUCUCUCUCUCUCUCUCUCUCUCUCUGCUGUUUUCCAAGAAACUCUGUGUGUGUGUGUGUGUUGGGGGAGGGGGGGUGGAAGAGAGAUGAAAGAGAAGAAGAGCACAAGAAUUGAUGUGUCAAACUCUUCAACAAACCCUUCUUCAAGUUCUACUUCUUCAGCAUCAGUUAGAGCGGUACUGAUUCGCAAGAACAGCCCUGAAGAUCUCCUUCUUCGCCGUCUUAGACAACACCUCCUCUUUGCUAAGCUCAGGUCCUUGAUACCACCCCAGCCUUUCCAGAUGAUGGAGGAGGAAACGAACGUUGCACCAUUGGCCUCAUCAAGCAGUACUACACCUACACCUGCACUUGCACCAAGGUUGUUGCAGUGUGAAGGAAAAAAUGAAGAAGAAGAAGUAGAUGAUGAUGAUGAUGAAGAUGAUGGAAACUACAAGAUCGAGGUGGAAGUAGAAGAUGAAUCAAAGCCGUUCAUGCCAUCUAUCAAGAUAAUCAAAAGUGAAGUUUCCCUCCUCAUCAGUACCGUAGUUCUCAAGGACAUCUCUUUAACCUCUACUCUUUUUCAUCUUCUUGAGCAAGAGGAGCUUCAAAUCGACUAUGAGACUCAAUAUAGAAGUGAAACCAAAGUCUCUCACACCAUUAAGGUGACUGUGAGGCCGGGAUAUGAUGUAGAUGAAUUGGAGAAGAAGCUUUGGAGGUGGGCUGGGAAACCCAUUUGAGUUUGAAUAGUAGGAGUCAACUUGGAUGAGAUCAGUCCAUUUUAAAUGCUAAUAAUAUUUGUUGAUCCUUUAAAUUUUAA